AUUCACAUAAGAACAGUCACUGUCUCUUCAACCUUAACAAACAGCAGCCAUAUUGAAGUGAAAGAGAGGACGAAGGGCUAAACUGAGUUGGCUUCAGGGGUCGAAUUACAAUCUUCGGUUCUCAAUAAUUUAUAAUUUUCUUGUGUCAUUUGCUAUGGGAACUCCACAACAAGUAGCAAUUGCAGCAGCAGAGCUUGAAGUUGGAGCAAAUUCAACAAUUCUUGCCAUACGGCGACCUUUCGACCCAGUUGCUCAUGAUUUAGACUCUGCGUUUCGGCUCACCAAGUUUGCUGAUUUGAAAGGAUGAGGGUGUAAAGUCCCUCAGGAGGUUCUGCUCAAACUCUUAGAGGGACUUCAACAGGACGGCGAUGGUGAUGCCGAACAAGCCCAAUAUAUGCACGUGGCCAUUCCUAGAAUUGGAAUUGGCAUGGACUGCAGCGUUACCCCCUUAAGACAUGGUGGAUUAUCUUUAGUACAGACAACUGAUUUCUUUUAUCCUCUUGUGGAAGAUCCAUACAUCAUGGGCAAGAUUGCCUGUGCCAAUGUUGUUAGUGACCUAUAUGCUAUGGGAGUGACAGAAUGUGAUAACAUGUUAAUGCUGUUAGGUGUGAGUACCAAACUGUCAGAAAAAGAGAGAGAUGUUGUUGUUCCUCUUAUGAUGAGAGGUUUCAAAGAUUGUGCCUAUGAAGCUGGUUGCAAUGUUACGGGUGGUCAGUCUGUGUUGAAUCCUUGGCUUACAAUAGGUGGUGUUGCUACAAGUGUUUGUCAGCCAAAUGAGUUUAUUAUCCCUAAUGAUGCAGUAAUUGGAGAUGUACUUGUGCUUACCAAGCCUUUAGGCACCCAAGUAGCUGUUAAUGCUUACCAGUGGCUUGAACAACAGGACAGGUGGAAUAGAAUCAAACUUGUGGUGAGUGAGGAAGAUGUACGAAAAGCUUACCAGCGAGCUAUGGACAGCAUGGCAAGGUUGAAUAGAACAAGUGCUAGGCUCAUGCAUAAAUAUAAUGCUCAUGGUGCAACAGAUGUCACUGGUUUUGGUCUGCUAGGUCAUGCUCAGAAUCUUGCUAAAGUACAGAAAAAUGAAGUCUCUUUUGUGAUCCAUAACCUUCCCAUCAUCGCUAAGAUGGCAGCUGUUGCUAAAGCUUGUGGUAACAUGUUCCAAUUACUUCAAGGGCAUUCUGCCGAAACAUCAGGUGGUCUUUUGAUCUGCUUACCCAGAGAACAAGCUGCUGCUUAUUGCAAAGACAUUGAAAAAACUGAAGGAUAUCAAGCAUGGAUCAUUGGAAUAGUAGAAAAGGGAAAUCGAACAGCACGUAUUAUUGAUAAGCCAAGAGUCAUCGAAGUUCCUUCUAAAGAAAAAGAUGGAGAGCUAUGGUAGCAUUUUUACCCAAUUGUGUACAUUAAAGACUGUUGUGGGAGCAAAGUUUUUUUCAUUCCAUGCCAAGAUGUUUUUGCAUGUAUGGUUGUCCCUUUGUGUUUCAGACUGUUUAGGAAACUACUUUGUAAUAUGUAUCUCCGUACUGAUUACAAUAUUUGAUAGAUCGUGUGUCAGUCAAUAACUUUUCAUUCUGCUUAAAGGCCAUAGAAAUGAAUUUGGUUACAGGUGAACCUGAAUUGGGCAGCAGGUGUCAUCUAGUAGCUAUCAUUAUCAGCCUUUGUGACAGAGCUAAUCUUGCUUCUUUUGAUCACAUAAUGAUUCUGUUCUGGGAAUUCUCAUUUUGAGAACCAUAAUAGAUGAGGACUAGUGGUUCAGAUGUUGUAAGAAAGUUAUUGACAUCUUGCUUCUGAUAAUGUAUAGGUCAUUGUGAGAAGCUAGAAAAUGAAGAGUAUUAAAAUGUAUUGCUUUUUUCUUACAUUUUUGUUAGUAGUUUAGUGAAAAUGAUUUCAUGCAAUACAAAUUUUAUAAAUUGACCAAAUAUUGGUACUAAAUAAAUGCUUUAUAAAAUGUAUAUGGUCUGUUUAUCUAAACUAAGUAUUUCAGUGUACAUUUCAUUGCAUAUUUUCUGUUGGAAGAAAUAUUGUUAAAAUGGGGAAAAAUUAUAUGCUGCAUAGUUCCAAAAUGCCUCAGCCUAUAUAUAUGAAACUGGGUAUACUUGUAUGAUUUCAACAUUUUAGCAUGUUUUACUUUUACUGGAAAAUUAAAAAUUUACAUUAUCACUAGAAAAAAAGCUUAAUUAGUCCUCAAGUAGUGUUACAGAUCAAAGUUAUUUAAAAAGCCUACUGAUACGAAGACAUAGGAAAUAUUAAAAGCUGCUCAAAAAAAAUCUUUCAAUCUGGUAACACCAUAAAUCGUUUAAGGAUAUAAUUUCUAUAACAUAAUGAGAGAUAGACCUACAGGUAUAUAUAUAAAAUGAAAUUUAUGUAUAACAAAGGAGGAAAUAAUUACUGUAAAAACUGUAUGGACACUACAUGGUGCCAUUGCACUGAAAAUCUUAAGCUAGCAUGCCUGCAGCCUAACUUUAAAUAUAAAUAUUACAAUGUAUUUAUAUGCAGUAAACCUUGAGAUCUAAGAUUCAUUAAACUUUGAAUUAUAAGUAAACAAGAGAACCUUUAAAAGUGAAGAUUGUGUGAGGGGAUAGUGGUAGUGCAGGUUAGGAAAAUCUUCAACUAAAUUAAUGCAACUAAUAAAGAAGGUAUUUUUAUUGUCACCGUUAAAAAAUGUAAAGAACUGAAAUAUUAAAAUUUUUCGUCUUAUGA